AGCAGGGAGGCCUGGGAAUACUGGUUCUACUAGGAUACUGGGGAUACUUCCACUUUAAACAGGUAUUGAACCCCCCAACUGAAGCAGACUUUAAAAGAACUCAGAACCAAAGUGAAAGGAACUUUCUGGGACAGGGAGUAGCUUCCUGUUUGUUUGCUGCGUCCCCAGCUUCACUCCAGACAAAAUGGCUUCUAAGUUAGAGGAGGAUCUGAGCUGUCCAAUCUGCCUGGACAUCUUUAAAGAUCCCGUCAUGCUGACCUGUAGCCACAGCUUCUGUAGAGCGUGUGUGGAGAAGAGCUGGAAGGAUAAGGUGAGCAAGGAUUGUCCUCUCUGUAAGAAGAGACACUCAAAGCCAUGGUUACCUCCAGACUUGUCGUUAAAGAUCCUGUGUGAGACUUUUCUUCAGGAGAGAGAUCAGAGGGCUUCAGAGGAUCUCUGCAGUCUGCAUCAGGAGAAGCUCAGACUCUUUUGUCUGGACCAUCAGGAGCCGGUGUGUCAUGUCUGCAGAGAUUCAAAAAAACACAGUAGUCACCAAUUCAGACCAAUCGAUGAAGCUGCAGAAGAACACAAGAAGAACCUUGAGGAAACUCUGCAGCUCAUAAAGGAGAAAAUAAAGGCUCUCAAUGAAACUGAAGUGAAGUUUGAUCAAGCAGAAGCUCACAUCAAGGUCCAGGCCCGACACACAGAGAGUCAGAUUAAGGGGCAGUUUGAGAAGCUUCAUCAGUUUCUAGUUGAGGAAGAGGAGGCCAGGCUUCAGGCACUGAGGGAGGAAGAGGAGCAGAAGAGACAGAGGAUGAAGGUGCAGAUGGAGGCUCUGAGAGCACAGAUAGCAGAUCUUUCACAGACAGUCAGAGCCACAGAGGACCAGCUGAAGGCCCAAGACAUCUCCUUCCUGAAAAACUACAAAGCUGCAGUGGAAAGAGUCAAGCAGCGCCCCCUGCUGGAUGAGACACGGCUGCCCUCAGGAGCUCUGAUAGACCAGGCCAAACACCUGGGCAACCUGGGCUUCAACAUCUGGACCAAGAUGAAGGACUUGGUCUCCUACACACCCGUCAUUCUAGACCGAAACACUGCUGGAUCAAGACUCAUCCUUUCUGAGGAUCUGACCACUGUGAGAGGAGGAGAGAAGCAGCAGCUUCCUGAUAAUCCAGAGAGGACUGAUUAUCCCUGGUCUGUCCUGAGCUCUGUGGGCUUUGACUCAGGGACUCACAGCUGGGACGUCCAGGUCAGAGACUGCAGAUGGUGGUAUCUGGGAGUGUUAGCAGAGUCUGUCCAGAGGGAGGGAGACAUAGAGUCUGGAUUAUGGAGAGUAUGGUUCUGGGGUGGUGAAUACAGAGCACAAUCACCACCACAUGGACCCACUGAUCUCUCAUUGAAGAAUUCUCCAAAGAGGAUCAGAGUGACUCUGGACUGUAACGGAGGAAAGCUGUUGUUUUCUGAUCCUGAUACUAACACACUCAUACACUCCUUCAAACACACUUUCAGUCAGAGGAUGAUUCCAUACUUUAUGUGUGGGUCUGGUGACAUACUGAGGGUUUUACCAGAGAAGGUCUCUGUGACUGUGGGACUAAACUAAAACCAUAUCACAAUUUAGUCAUUUUUAACCUUUCAUGUGCCAUUCAGAUUUUUUCCAAACCAUUUUGGCUCUAUUGAAUGAAUAAAGUUCAAAUUUGCCAGAGGAUAUUCAUUUCUAAAUGUUUUUUUUUUAAGAAUUGUUGUAUCAGUUCCUAAUAUCAGCCAAAAAUGGCUAAGUUACACAAAAAACAUUUGUUUCCUCGGACGAAAAUCUAUAACCACUAAAAAUGCCAGUUUUUUUCCCACAUUUAUCUCAACUUAAUCUAAUGCAUUCCUUUAUGUUAAGAUUUCAUUUUGGACUACCAGCUUUCAAUUUACACAUUUUAUAUUUGUCCACCAGAUGGCGCUAAUUUUCCGAUUCAAAGCAUGCAGCAAAACGUCACACUUUUAACACUUUUUUUUCCCAGGGUGCCUUGCUACUGAAAUAAUAGGUGUAUUGCUAUUGAUGUUGGAUAAAGGUGUGUAAGGUGUGUUUGUGUGUCUUUUAUUUGAGUUUUUGUUCAUGUGUUCUAUUAAAAACAGUGGAGUUGUGUAUUUUUUUAUAGCUGACUUUAGGAAGCAGAUAUUUUUUGUCAUUAGGGACAAAUGUGUUUGGAUAUUUGAGGAACUCUUAAGGGUUAGGCUUAUUUUAGUAACUUCCUGUUAGUUAAAUGAUGACACUGUAAAUCUGACUCAUUGUGAUCAAACCUGUUCUAUUAAAGAGUCUUCUGUUUUCUUAUGGAAGAAUGGAGCAGAUAUCUUCUUUAUUGUUUGAUUGAAUCUGUUUGGUCUGGUAUAAAAAUGUCUGUCUUUAAGAUUUUCUCCUCAGGAUUUUAAACAGCUGUAAUGUUUAAACAAAUGCAAUCACUACAGAAAGUAUAAAAAUGUAAUUUCCUGUAUUCCUCUUGACCUUAUAGUCUAAUGUACUCUAUUUUUAAUUUCUUUUUGUGUUU